CUCCCAGCUCAGCGCAAGAUGGCGGCGGGCGCCUCGGACCCCCUGGAAGAGAUGCUGCUCUUCUCCGAGGAGGUGGACGAGAAGGCGGUCAGCGACCUGGUGGGCUCCUUGGAAUCGCAGCUCGCCGGCGGCCGGGGCUCUGCCGAGGCGCCGCAGCCCAGGACCUCCGCCCCGUCCCAGCAGCAGCAGCCGCAGCAGCAGCACCAGGGGAGCCUAGCGGGGGGCAGCAGCCCCGUCCGGCAGCAGCAAGGGCAUCCCGCGCCUCCUCCCGUUCCCGGGGCAGAGGAGGCGGGGGGGUGCCCCGGAGCCGCGGAGAGCCGAGCCCCUGCCCAGGGGCCGCUCCCGUCCCCGUCCCCUCCGGCGGCGGCAGCGGCGGCGGCAGCGGCGGCGGCAGGGAGGGGAGUGAGUGUAAACAGUAGUAGUGUGCAGCAAUCACAUGGAGCGGCUCUCCUCGGCGGCGGCGGCGGCAGCCCCGGCGCGCCCGCCGCCCCUGCCCCGCCGCAGCCCGCCGCCCCCCCGCCCGCCGGCGCCCCUGCCCAGCCUGUCAACAACCAUGUAGCUGCCGGCGCCGCUGCCCGGGACGCGGGGAGCCCCAGCCCCGGCGGCAGCCCGCCCGCCGCCGACAGCGCACCGUCGCAGCGCACCGAGGCCGCGGCCGCCGCCGCCGCGGGAGGGAGCGGGACCCCGGCGGGGGGCGGCGGGCCGGCAGGAGCAGCGGAGGGCGCCACCGCGACCGCACCGCUCCCUGGCGAGGCGGCGCCCAACGGGGAGGGCGCCGGGGGCCGGCCGGCGGCACUCCCACCAGUCAGCAGCCACGGCAGAGCCGACACCGCCACAGCACAGACCAAGCCCGCGCAUGGCCCGCUUCCCGCAGUAAACGCACUCAGUAACUCCGCCAGCCCCGCGGCCGGCGCGGCCGCCCCGCCGGGACAGGGCUCGGUCGCCAACUGCGCCCCGCCGGCCCCCGCUGCCGUGGCCCCCGGCGCCGCGCCCAAGCCGGCGGUCAGCGCCGCGGCCGUCGCCAAGGCGGGGGCUGCCCUCCCCGUCGUCCCCGCCGCCCCCCAGGCCCUGUCGCCCAGGCCGGCGCUGGGCGCUGCCCCCAGGAUCGUGGCCCCUCAGCUGAUCGUGAGGCCGCCUCAGCAGACCACCAUCCAGCUGCCCCCCGGCUUCACUAUCCCGCCCGGUAUGGUUUUGGUGCGCACGGAUGCUGGACAGCUUGUCAUGGUGCCUCAGCAGGCUCUGGCACAGGCUCAGAUGCAGGCACAGGUACAGACACAGGGACAGAAUCCUGCCAGCAUUUCACCGAGACUUUCAGUGCCCACAACUGGCCCUGUUUUUCGCCUAUCAACAACUCAGCAACCAACUUCUGUAGCCACAUCGACUGUCCGCCUCGGACUUCCAGUGCAAGCCAAAGUUGUUCAAUCAACUGCUACACCUGUCAGUGCUACGUCUGCUGCGACUCUGCCAGGAGGCUCUAUUCUUUCUCACACCACAGUCACAGUAGCUACAACAAAUGCUCAAAAUUUGUUCAAGACAACAGUAGCAACUGGAACAUCAGCUUCUCAACAGCCUGCAGUAAUUACUGGUGGACAAACUCAAGCAUCAGCACAAAACCAGGGUCAGCCUCGGCUGCCACUUCCACCUCAUACAACAGCACAAGUACCAGCACAGCCCCAGGUCAUACCAAGCUCUCCUGUACCUGGAACUACAGUUGUAUCACAGGAAAUGCAAGAGAAUGUGAAAAAAUGCAAAAACUUUUUAGCUACCCUUAUAAAACUUGCUUCUCAUAAUUCACCAUCUCCAGAAACAUCCCGUAAUGUGAAAGCUCUGGUUCAAGAUUUGUUGGAUGCAAAGAUUGAUCCAGAAGAAUUUACAGGCCGCCUUCAAUCGGAACUCAAAUCAUCUCCUCAGCCAUAUCUUGUACCUUUCCUUAAGAAAAGUCUGCCUGCAUUGAGACAAUCUUUACUGAAUAGUCAACAUUCAGUUUUGCAAGGACAGCCGUCUCAGCAGUCACUUCAACAAACCAAGCUAUCACAAGUUAUACCUCAAUCUGCCUCUGGAAGCAUUUCCUCUGUUGUCACAACACAGACAAUAGGAAUAAGGCAACCAAACAACAUUUGCACAGUCUCUGUAUCAAAUACAGUGCAGCCUCCUCAGGUUAAGGUGGUACAGUCAAAUCAGAGUUCUCAACUGCAGAUUAUCCAGUCAACAUCUGCUCAAACUGUGAAACGAAACCCUGCUUGCCAGACUACCCAGAUUAGGAUGCCAGUGGUAAUAACUCAGACCAUUAGACCACAAGGCACAGUAGGGAAGGCACCAACAAUACAAGCCAGCAAAAGUCCUGGGGGCUUUGGUGUUCAGGUCUCUGCAAAUCAGAAAAACAAGCUGAAUGACCCUGGAGGUGGUUCUUUCAGAGAUGAUGAUGACAUCAAUGAUGUUGCCUCUAUGGCUGGCGUUAAUCUUAAUGAAGAAAGUGCCCGAAUUAUGGCUACCAACUCUGACUUGGUUGGAACCCAGAUACAGUCCUGUAAAGAUGAACCCUUUCUUGCUGCUAUACCUCUACAUAAGCGCAUACUUGAAAUGGCUAAAAAACUAGGAAUUACUGAUGUGCCGGCAGAAGUCGUUACUUUUAUUUCCCAUGCAACACAAAACAGAUUAAGAACAGUGAUAGAAAAAGUAACAGUGAUAACCCAGCACCGAAUGGAAUCGUACAAAGAUGAUGAAUGGUACGAACAAGCUACAGAUGUCCGAUCACAGUUAAAGUUUUUUGAACAGUUGGAGCGUUUAGAAAAGCAAAGGAAGGAUGAACAAGAGAGGGAAAUCUUGCUGAAGGCUGCUAAGAGUCGCUCAAGGCAAGAAGACCCAGAGCAAGCUAGACUGAAACAAAAAGCAAAGGAGAUGCAGCAACAAGAACUUGCACAAAUGAGGCAGAGGGAUGCCAAUCUAACUGCAUUGGCAGCUAUUGGUCCCCGGAAGAAACGGAAGCUUGAUUCACCUGGACUGCUUACCGUAGGAGGAGAGGGCCUCGGUGUGUCUGGUGGAAGUCAGGCUGGCCUGGGGACUCCUUCAUCCAGGCAGUACGCACGACAGAAAAUAACUCGUGUAAACCUCAGGGACUUCAUCUUCUACUUGGAACAGGAAAGAGAAACAAGCCAUUCUCUCCUGCUCUAUCGAGCUCUGCUUAAAUAAAGCCAAGAGUUGUACUGAUUUCUCCAUACAGAAGCUCAACUUGCAUUGAAAAGCUGUCAUUUUAAUGUGCCUUCUAUUUUUUUCAGAAGUCAAUGUUCCAGUAAUUUUGUUUGGUAAAAAUUGUCAGACACAUGCAAUAAAUCCCCUUUAUGUAAAAAAAAACCCUAAAAACCCACACAAAAAAUGUGCAAAAGGUUUUAAAAUGGUAAACCCACAGACAGAACCAACAUCAAAUCUUGCUCCGUGUGGCCAUUUUAGCUAAAGCUGAAGUUAGGCAAAUGGCUGUGCUGUCUGACCCAGGCCGCCUCACGCAGGGAGGCCUGGGCCGGGCUCACAGGGCUGGGCCUGCCUGUGCUGGGCACCUCUGCGUUCACUUACGCUGCUGCCUUUGUUUUCUUUUUAGUUCUACUGGCACUGUUUCUGCUGAUUAACCAUGGUGAUACCUGUUAUUUUAGAUUAGUUAGAAUUGCAGUUGUUUGCACAGCUAAACGAAUCGCCACCCUCACAAAUUUCAUGUAUUUGGGAUUUUUGCUUUUCCUGCACGGCUCAUUUCCUGAGCCAGGUGCUGAAACAGAUCCUAAGUGUAUGAAAUCUGUGUGCUGGGGUCCCAGCUGCAUCACCUUGACUAGCUCCCAGUUGUUCUCCAAACCUCUCCAACCUUUUGCACAUUUGUAGCAACUGGUUAGUAACACAAAUCAAAGUUGGGUUUUAUUUUCUAAAAAAUAUCUUAUUUAUUGUGAAGAGCUUGGUUUAAUGGUGGUUUUAAAGAGAGUAUUGCUCAGUAAAGAUUUUAGAAUAUUCUAUAUGGAUUUUUAAUCACCCUAAAGAAGUUUUGGGGGCCAGUUCCAGUGAGAGAGAGCAUGAGGAGAGCUGGGGUGAGCCCUGGUAGCCCGGUGCCACCGGAUGGUCAGGGCAGCGCCACAGGGACUGGUGAUGCCUUUGCCAUGGACGAUUGGACCCAAGGACUCCAGUCCAGAGAGGCUCAUGAACAAGCGCAUGACUUCAAGCAUAAUGAAUAGUUUUAAGUACUUAAAAGGUGAGCUGAAUGCUUUUCAAAUGCUUUGCUGAAUUGGAAUUUAAGGAGCCCACACCAAAGCCACAAGAAGUUAGUGUGAAAUGGACAGGAACAUUGAGCAGGCAGGUGGGCACAUGCUGUACUUCAGACGUAGCAGUAUUAUCAGUAACCGUGGAAAGGAGAUGUUUGCUUAUUUAUCUUUUCAACUUUUACUAUGUUAUGCUUGCCACUUUUUUGAGGCAAUUUUUUGUUUGGUUUUUUUGAUGGGAAACCAUAGCGAAAGCACAAAUAGAACUAUUUGUCCAAUAGUUUUAAAAACAAAAGUUUUAAUUAUUUUUUAAGGUUUAUGAAAAGCAGAAGAAAAUUUAUACUGCUGCUAUUUAGCCAAAAGAUUAUUCAUAAGGUAUUUAAGGCCAGGAAGUGUAAAAUUAUGUUUUAAAUGUAUUGAUAAUUUGUACAUAUUGUUUAUAAAGGCCUUGUGUUUAUUAGAAUUACGUUAUUUUGAUGAUUUCUGUACAUACUCGUAAAUACCCCCAAUUUGUGUGAAAACAUACUCCCUUAU